CUGCUCACACGCACCCACCUACAUCCCAGCCUCACUGGCACACACACACACUCACACACACGUUGACCUGACUAAACAUCCUCUGUGUCUACACCUGGCCCAUGUGGUUAUAAGCUAAGACACGUCAGUCAUGGUUGUUUGUUUCACCUCCAGGACGCUGAUCUUCCUGACCUGGGUUCUGCUGUGUUGCAUGUCAGUUUGGUGCCAAGGAAGACCUGCACACCAACUGUCAGACCAAGAUGUUCUGCUUCUGGAAGACGACGAAAAUCCAAAGUGUUUUACCAGAACCGAGACUGACUUCACCUGCUUCUGGGAGGAGCUGGGAAGCACGAGCAGCAAGUCCUACGAGUUUUUCUACAAAAACUUUGAGGGUGAGAAGAGGUGUGAGAUUGCUGUGAGGAAGACGGAGGCAGGCAGAGUCAUCCACAUCUGUGACUUCCCCCCCGAGGACGUCUACCUCUUUGUCGAUACGCACAUCAGGGUGACGGACCGUCACACCAACACCACGGUCUACACACGCAGCGUCACCAUAGAAGACCAGGUUUUACUGGACCCCCCAGGGGAAGUGUCGCUCCUGCACACUGGCCAGGCAGGGCAGCUGCAGGUGACCUGGCUUCAACACAAAGACAGAGUACAGUAUGAGAUCCACGUCUCCUUCCAAAGUGGGAGUGAGAGGACAGACCAGGUGCAACCAGGGGCAUCCAGCCAACACAGACUGACCUCCCUGCCCCAGGGGGAGGUGGUCUGGGUCCAGGUGAGGGUCCGGACGCAGGGCUACACCAACACCCUCACUGGUCACUGGAGCCACUGGUCAGACGCAGUGGCUGCUAUGGUGCCUCAGGCAGCAGAGGAUAUUUCUUUAUUCUGUCACACUUCUGAUCUACAAAAUGUCACGUGUCAGUGGAAGGACAAGUCCAGCAAAGCUCCCAUGGACGCACUCCUCCACAAGAUACUCACCAGGGGCAACUGGAGCGAGUGUCCUCGGGUGCAGAACUCGACUUCCUGUUGUCGUUUCCACGGCGACGAGUCGGCGGCCAUCCUGGUGAAACUCUCCGCCGGCCCCGGUCUUCUGAACAGGACCUACUACACCGAGAGCUUCACAGUCAGCAACAGCGUGAAGACAGGCCCUCCUGGGAGCCUGAGGGGGGAGUCUGAGGGGGACAGGCUGUACCUGAGAUGGGACACGCCUCAGCUGGUCCUGUCAGCUCACCUGAUGUACCAGGUCCGCUACCAGACCAGAGGAGAGGGCUCCUGGAAGCUGGUCACCCUACCGGACUCUGACACCGGCACCAGUCUAGACAUCCAGACGGGCUGUCAGUAUCGCGUCCAGGUGAGAGCCAGACCAAACGGUUCCGUCUACGAUGGCUACUGGAGCGACUGGUCUCAGUGUCUCUCCGUGGUCGUGGCUUCUCGUCUUGUGGUUUUGCUUCUCCCGAGCAUCUCUCUGGCUAUGGUCGUCCUCUCCCUUGUGUUCUUCUCGCUGUUCUCACGGUAUCUCAGUAAACUCAAAGAGUACCUGUGGCCUCCAGUCCCAGACCUUGAUAAAGUCCUACUUGGCUUUCUAACGGAGAUCAACCGACAGACUCGGGAUCCUUCUCACAACGUGAAACAGUUCUUUGAUGAGACUCCAGCAUCUGUGGUGGAGAUCCUGUCAGAGGGAGAAGCUCCAGAGGUGAAGCCACCAGGGGAGUCCUCCAGUGUCCUGCCCCCAGAGAGGGGCUCCGGCGGCGGGGAGCAGACAGAAGCGACCCUGGGGAUAACCCGGCAGGUCAGUCUGGACUACGUGAUCCUGAACACCGUCGACAUCAUCAUCGGUUCCCCGGGCAACGAGUACAUGUAUGAUGGGGUGGGGUGUGUGAGGGCAGGGGUGGGGGUGGGGGGAGAGGACCACCAGUGGAGGUACCACUGCUCCUGCCUCGCCCGGUUACCCAGCCUCCCCCCUCCCUCCCCCUCCCCCUCAGAGAUCCUAAACCGCUCUUACCUGCACAUGGCAGAUUCCCAGGUGACCCAGGUGACUCUGGCCAAUAAGGAGGCUGGAAACAUCUAUGCAAACCUGGAAAGGGAGGUCGCUAACUAACUCAUUAACGGAACAUACUUGUCAAACCCCAGCAUUAGAAUACACUGUAGCUGCAAAUAUAUAGACUUUAAUACUGUAUUUAGAUUUUUCCAGGUCUGUGUGACUAUGGGUGAUCACACGCCUUCCUUUUAGGGUCAUGAUGCAUCAUUCUCCAUAGAUCUCAAUGUAAAUAUGAUCUUGUGGUAACCAACAAUUGGUCUACAUGAGUUAGGCAGAUCUUUCUUGAAUAUAUACUGUACCCGUGUAUUGAUAUUCUCUUUUAUUAAAAAAAUUAUUAGCCUGUAAAUAAUGAGUGUCUUGUCAUGAAGGACUGUGGUCUGUUACCUUAGUUCUCAGGGUCCUCUGUUUGGUAGGUUUUAGAUGUGUUCCUUCUCUAACACACCUGAUUUGAAUGAAUGGAUGAUUGUCAAGCUGAUCUUCAUCUAAAUCAGGUGUGUUGGAGCAGGGGCUCCUUGGAACACAGGACAGCGGACCCUGUGGACCAGGGUCAAAGACCACUGAGGCUUUGGGACAAAUGUAGCAUAUUGUUUUGUAAUGUUUAAUAUCUUUAUUACACAGUCAUAUUCAGAUACAAAAAUGAUGCAUGUCAACAAUAAAACUCACAAAAAAACACAUUCAUUAUAACUCUCACACCAAUGUAAGGAAUUAAAACUAGUUAUAAAUAUCAUUUUAAUGACUUUCAACCAACCAAC